GGUGCCGUUCAAAAUCUAACGGCAGUAUUGACGAGAUAGAAAGAAAUGAAGCGGGCAGUGAUUAGGGUUCCAAAAGGAUCUUUUGUAGUAGAGACUUCAAAUAAUAUCCCAGUUCCGCCCGAAAAUGGAGCAAUUGUAAAAACAAAGUUUUGUGGAAUAUGCCAUUCAGAUCUUCACAUGUGGGAAAAGGAAAUAGUAGCAUGCCCUAGUGUCUAUGGUCAUGAAGUUUCUGGAGAACUAUAUGCAUUGGGAGAUAAAGCAGAAAUAGUCAAUAUGAAUAUUGGUGAUAAUGUCAUGAUAUAUCCAUGGAUGGGUUGUGGCAAGUGUGACGAAUGCACGGAAGAUAAAGAUAAUCUUUGCAACAUAAGAACGCACGAAGUAGGAUGUGGUGCAGAUGGAGGGUACUCAAAUUACGUUUCUGUUCCUGACACUAAAUUUCUCAUCAAGGUACCAGACUCAAUUCCAAUGGAUGUUGCUUGUUUGUUACCUUGUUCUGGUGUAACCACGUAUAGCGCAAUUAAGAAACUCCGACCUUAUAUUGAGAAAAUAAAAAGAAAAAGUAGUGUAUUGAUCGUAGGAGCGGGAGGACUGGGAUUGUGGUGCUUACAAUGGGCUAAAAUAUGUCUACCAGACAGAGUAAAAAUCGUAUGUGCUGAUAUAAACAUGGACAAAUUGAAAGUUGCUUCAGAACAUGGCGCUGAUGACGUUAUAUGCUGGUCGACACAAAAAGAAGAACGUUUAGUUUCAGAUGAAGACAUCACAAAAGAGUUGAUGGAGAAGUCAAAUGGAGGAUUUGAUGGUGUUAUUGACGUUGUCAAUUCCAGCAUGACGUCGAAAAGGGCAUUUUCAGCAUUGAAGCGGAACGGUACUCAUGUUAUGAUUGGUUUGUAUGAAGGAUCGAUGAGCAUCCCUCUAAGACCUAUGGUUCUGACUAUGAAGAGAAUAUUAGGAUCGUAUGUUGGGAGUAUACAGGAACUGAAUGAAUUGGUGAAAAUGAUAGAAACAAGAAAGGUGAAACCACCUCCAAUUAUUCCGUACAAACUGGAAGAAAUCGAGACAGCGUGGGUAGCACUAAAAUCAGGAAAAAUGCCCGGAAGAGGCGUUAUUCGGUACUGAAUGAAUUCGUGAAUGAUACAAUAAAAAGAUUUGGUUGUGCAUUC